UCACACACAACACAAACACAAUAAAAAGAAAAUCGACACUUUACCCGCCCAACCAACUCUAAUAUCCCAUCAUUAUCCUCACUUUUUCUCCAUAUUUAUUUUCUCACACCUCCAUUUCUACUUACGUACCUCCAUUCUCUCUUCGUCAAUGGUGUCUCCGAUAUUAUUGCCGCCAAUUUGUCCCCGCCAUUAAAGACGAAUCUACGAAAUAUAUUGAGUUUGUAAUUUGGAGGAGGAGAGAGAAAAUUUGAGGAUGAUUUUGUUUGCGUUUGCGUAGUGAAGGAAUUCUCAUAAUGGGCCAAAAAUUUGACGGUCCCAAGAUAACGGAGGGUGUAAAAAGGAAGUUGGCCCAUGUGUUGUUCUUGUAGACAGCAACUAAUCCAACAACCAUAUGCUAUUUUUUUAUAGGUUUGUGUGGGAACAAAGCAGAAGGAAGUUGUUAUGUCUUGUGAUGGGUGAUAAUUGAGGUCUUACUUGGACUAAUACUGUUCAAUGUUCAUGCAUUUAUGUAUUUAAGGUCAUAGUCUUGAGUCUAGGAGUUUUUCAAAAUUUGGUUUUAGAUUUGAGGGAGGUGUGAAAAUGGGGGGUAGUGGCGAUGGGGAGGAGACAUUGCAAGGGUUAAGCUGCCGUAAGGAGGAGAGGAUUUUGGUGUCUGUUCGUUUGCGGCCUUUGAAUGAGAAGGAAGCUUCAAGGAAGGAGGCAAUUGACUGGGAAUGCAUCAAUGAUACUACUAUCAUAUACAAAAACAAUUCGUCUCCAGAGCGAUCCCUUUAUCCGAAUACCUUCACAUUUGACAGGGUGUUUAGAUACGAUUGCUCCACAAGGCAGGUGUAUGAGGAAGGAGCCAAAGCAGUUGUUCUUUCGGCUGUCUCUGGCAUCAACUCGAGUGUUUUUGCAUAUGGGCAAACAAGCAGUGGGAAAACAUUUACUAUGUCUGGAAUAACCGAGUAUACUAUGGAGGACAUAUUUGACUACAUACGUAAGCACAAGGAAAGGGAUUUCCAGUUAAAGUUCUCUGCUAUGGAGAUCUACAAUGAAUCAGUGAGAGACCUCCUAACAGAAGAUCAAAGUCCCCUUCGUCUUUUGGAUGACCCAGAGAGAGGCACAGUGGUAGAGAAACUUACCGAGGAAACUCUGCGUGACUGGGACCAUUUUAAGGAACUCCUAGCUAUUUGUGAAGCUCAAAGGCAGAUAGGGGAGACUUUUCUCAACGAAGCAAGCUCACGGUCCCACCAAAUUCUCAGAUUGACAAUUGAAAGUUCAACUCGUGAAUUUAUAGGAAAGAAUAAUUGUAGCACCCUUACUGCUACUUUGAAUUUUGUUGAUCUUGCUGGAAGUGAGCGUGCUUCACAAGCGUUAUCUGCUGGAUCAAGGUUAAAGGAAGGAUCACACAUAAAUCGAAGUUUGUUAACAUUAGGAACAGUUAUUCGCAAACUGAGCAAGGGGCAAACUGGCCAUAUCCCCUACCGAGAUUCAAAGCUCACACGCAUAUUACAAGCUUCCCUGGGAGGCAAUGCUAGGACAGCAGUCAUAUGUACUAUGAGUCCUGCACGCAUUUAUGUUGAACAGUCUAGAAACACUCUCCUUUUUGCAAGUUGUGCUAAAGAAGUUACAACUAAUGCUCGUGUGAAUGUUGUCAUGUCCGACAAAGCCUUGGUGAAGCACUUGCAAAGAGAAUUGGCAAGGCUUGAGAGUGAGUUGAGUAGUGCAAGUCCCACAAGCGGUUCUCUUGAUGUUGACCUGUUGAGAGAAAAGGAUUUUAAAAUAGAGGAGUUGGAAAGACGGGUCAAAGAGUUGACUGCGCAACUGGACCAUGCAGUGUCCGAAAUUCAUAACUUGCAGCAGGGAUCUGGAGAACGAAGAUCUGUUGAAUGGGAAGAACAUUCUUCUUAUCCUCGAUUGCAUGUUCGUCAAGCUUCUGAAUGUUCCUCAGAUGAAGCCUCUCUAGUGAAUCAUCACUCCUUCGAUGCUCAUUCUCCAUCAUUUGGAAACUCCGAGUCUCCAGAUAGACACAGUAGACUCAGUUAUGAUGAAAACUAUUCAACUUCUGACUUCGAUGAAAAUCUUCCUACUAGUAGCCCGUCCGAGCAGAGGUUCAUUGAGAGCCCAAAUGAAGCUUCUCUGCUCAUGCAUAUCCAGACUCCAGCUGUAGAAAUUGACCAUCCUCGAGUUCCUGAAAUACACAGAGAACAAAAAGGUGACCUUUCAGAAGCUCAUCAACACAUUGUAUCUCCAGAAACUGGCGUACGAACUAAAAACUCAUUUGAAAGUGAUCUACAUGAUUUUCCGGAUGAAACUGGGGAGGAAAUAUCUGAUAACUUUGAAUUUCGUCUUCAGCAAGUUUCCGAUGAGUAUAGAUCUCAAUCCCCUUAUGUCGAGUUUGAUUCAUUCCGUGUUUCUGAUGAAUUUCAAGAGGAAGCCCUUGGUUCCUGUGAAGCUGAGGCUGUUGAGCAGUAUCAAGUUUGUGAAGGACUUACAGAGACAAUCUCUCACUAUGAUGAGUUAGGCCCACAGCAAACUUCAGAGACAGCUAACUUACAGACUCAUGAAAGCUUGGAAAAAAACUGCAUGGAGGUUCAAUGCGCAGAAUCUUUUAAUCCCCAAAACGACAUAGUACUACCUGAGGAGCAAAGUAAGUCAUUAUUAUUAAAGGAUAUUGAGAAUUAUAGAUGUGCUGAUGAUGAUCAAAAACAAGCCAGUGAGCUGGAGAAUGAGAACUCUUCUCUUCAUGAUUCUGAAGAGCCAUCUGGCUGGCAGCUAAUAGACUAUGAGCCUGAAAUUCAGAAAGCCAACAGUGUUGAUAGUAGUCCUCAAUCAAGCAACAUGAGUGCAUCUCCAUCAUUUUCAGAAGAGAUGAAGUGUGAGGUCAAACAUGAGAGGGGAGAUGGAGAAUAUACUAUUGAAGUUGAGGAUUCUAACAGGAAGCAAACUACCCUGUGCAAUGAAGCUCCUCGAAUACCGAUUGGAGUUGUGCAGCUUGAUGCAACUGAGGUUUCUGAAGUUGAGCUUUCUAACCACUUGGAUAAUAUUGAAAAAUAUACAUCUCUCUCGGCUAGAAAAGAUUUUAUAAAGGCUAAGUCAUUGGAUCAACGUCAACUUCAAAAAUUUCAGUUUGAGGAUAUAAAUCAGACGGCAAAUAACUCUAUCAAGAAUGUGAAAGAUGUUGGCUUAAAUCCUCAAGAUGAUUUGGGUGAUAAUUCUCUUUCUCUGUCAGAUGUUAAGAAAUUACAGGAGGAGAUAAUUGAACUCUGGGAUGCCUGCAACAUUUCAUUGAUACAUAGAACCUGCUUUUUCCUUCUCUUCAUCAAGGAUGGCCACGCAGACACCAUUUACAUGGAAGUAGAACGUAGAAGACUCGCCUACAUCAAGGAUUCAUUUUCGUCAGGAACAGCAGUUAUCUUAGAUGGUCGCCAGCUUACACCUAUUUCGAGUAAACACGCGCUCCUUAGUGAAAGGAAAAUGUUGAGCAAGCUAGUGAAGCGAAGGCUCUCAAAACAAGAGAGGAGGGAUAUAUAUGUAAGAUGGGGCAUCAGUUUGGAUACCAAAAAGAGGGGCUCACAACUUGCUCACCACCUUUGGGUCAAUGCUCUAGACAUGGACCAUGUCAUGGAAAGUGCCAACAUUGUUGCUAGACUAGUUCGGUUCAGUGAGCCGCAAGUUCCAAAGGAGGUAUUUGGCCUUAAUUUGACGACUACUCAGGGGCGGAGAAAAUCGUUUAGUGGAAGCAGAAUCCUAGCCAUCUCAUGUAAGAAACAUUUUCCGGAAGUUAAUCCUUGAGCUAAUAUUGUAGCUGAUUGUAAAUUUGUGGUAAGUAACUCAGAUCACAGACAUGAUCAGUCUCUUGUUAGGCAAUUAUGAACGCUUGCAAGAUUCUCCUUGAGGCAUUCGCUAAUGCUAGAGAGUCUUUUAGUCCGCCUUUUCGAGUGAUCCAAGCGCGAGUGCCAUGUUAUUUAGUCUCCAACUGAAUGGUUUAAGUUUUUAUUGCAAUAGACCCUUCCUUUCCACAAUCUGGGCUCCGUGUAUAAAUCAUGCUGAUUCUUUUGGAACAUUAACAAGCAUAGUGGAAGUGCCUUCUUUUCCCCUUUGUUUUCGAUAAAUUAUAGGCUAUUUGAGAACUUGAUUAAUGUCUAAUACCUCUGAAAUUAAUGAACUUCCUUGUUCAAUGCCU